AUGGAAGGAAUAAUUGAAAGUAGCAGGUGAUGGAAAUGCACAUCUUUAGACAAAAUACUUGAUUCUGCAGAUAGAAUGGCUGAUCUAACAGGGCUUCAACUUGCAGAAAUAAAUACUCAAUCAGGGAUUAGGCCUACCAAUAUCAGUCAGUUUUUGGAAGAAAAUAAUAAAUUAAUCCUAUAAUUCCUCAAAGUGGUUUCCUUGAUAGAUAUUAAGUGCCAGUUGUUUUAAACCAAUAUUAUGGUACUCUUCUUAGUCCUGAGACAAAGUAUCGAACAGAAUCUGAUGAGGAAGAAUCCGAGAUUUUUGGUGUAACAUUAAUACCUCGAAUUCAAUAGAAAACUCGUCAAAUCAUUGAUAAAGUGAGUAUAAGAGAAGAUUCAAGAGAGUCUACAGAAACUCGUCCCUGCAAAUGGUGUAUUUUGGUGGCAGAAUAUGCUGUUUCAAACCUAGAAUUGCAAAGAUUACAGAUGAAUUCAUCAUGAUGUAUUAGUUUGAAAUUGGAGCAAAGAAGCCAUUGUUUUGAUACAUGGUUACAUGGCCAGUGCACUCCAUAUGUUCAGAAAAUUCUAACUUCUUGAAUCUGAUCAUCACCUUUAUGCCAUUGAUUUACUUAGAAGUGAGCUUUCUUCAAGACCAGUUUUUUUGUCUAAGAAUUAUGAUGAAGCUGAACCCUUCUAUACUGAAUCAUG